GGUGAUGCGGCCGCAAAUCCGCUCCGGCCCGCUCCGGGAUAUUGCAACCGCGGAGUCCGGAGGUAAGACAAGAGAUUUUAUUGGAUAAAAGGAGAUAAGGCACGAUUCUCGAUACGGCUUCGGGCUUAUGUCAGAAUCAAGGAGCGACGACGAUGGGGCAAUGCCAGGCAGUGCUAGAUAGCAUCAUUUCCCGUCAGCCGCUUCAGAGUUGCCGGCAAUGAUAUAUAGCUCGAUGGUUCUUUCCCAUCCGUCCUUUGAACCCUCUGUUUCCUCUCCCUUGUCCUUCUUAACCCAUUGCAUUGCAAGCACACCAAAAUCACCAAUCCAUCAUGCAUCUAAUCCUCACUGGCGCCACCGGCCUCGUAGGCUCCGCCGUCCUAGACGCCAUGAUCAAGACCAAAGAUAUCACCAAGAUCUCCAUCAUCAGCCGACGACCCGUCAAGAUGGCCGAAGACGCCAAGGACCCGCGCAUCAACGUCAUUCUUCACAAGGAUUUCGAGAAGUACGACAGUGAGCUCCUCAACCAGCUCCAGGGUGCAACGGGAUGUGUUUGGGCGCUGGGAAUCAGUCAGAAUGCCGUUGGCAAGGAGGAAUACGUCAAAAUCACCAAAGACUUUCCCCUCGCCGCCGCCGCCUCUUUCCAGACCCUUUCCCCUUCUUCUUCUUCUUCCUCUCCCGACCAAAAUAAGGAACCCUUCCGCUUCAUCUACGUCUCCGGCGAAGGCACCACCACCACCCCUCUCUCCUCCAAACCCCUCAUAUCAAGACUCACCACCCCCUGGUUCGCCAUCAUCAAAGGCCAAGCCGAACUCGCCCUCUCCCAGCUUUCUAGUCCCACCUUCCUACCCUUUUCUAUGCGCCCCGCCUUCAUCGACGCGGCCGCCCACCCGGCGAUCCACCCGUACAUCCCCAAAGUGUUCGGCCUUUAUACUUUGAGCAACUGUGUUUUGGGACCGCCCAUCCGAGUGGGGUACAAGAAGAUGUGGAGUCCUACGGAACAUUUGGGAAAGUUCUUGGUGGAGAUGGCAAUGGGGAAGUGGGAUAAGACGAUCAAGAAGGAGGCGGAGGCUUCGAAUGGAAAAGGGUUUGAGAAGUUGGAAGGGGGUAGUGUGGUGGUGGGGAAUGAAGGGUGGAGGAGGAUUGCUUCGUUGGAGGGGUAGGUGCCUCUAGGGAGGUAU